AUGUCUAACCGACAUGAUGCUCGAAGACACACCAUGGUGGAGGACGUUGCAAUCCCAAAGCACUUGCUAACAACAGCAAAGUUCAGUUCACCAUGGGAAUUGAAAAAAUGGGAGAAAUCCCUCCCGCAAAAUGACCGUGUCGAAUUUCAACCUCAGGAAGGUCAAAAGCAAGGUGGCAUUAGCCGUUCUGUUAGUCUGUCGGCGCUACGGGGUCCAAGACGCCCUGCUGCAAUUCGUCCUCGCAGUAACCCUCCCGAGUUAUAUGUAUGGGAUGAGUUCAGCAAACGAAAACGCUUGACACCUCCUCUAGAGGAAAAAGAACCUAUAACGCCAAUCAGAGAGUCAGCCGUUCACCCCAGUCCACCACUCAGUUCAAAUAGCUCCGUCAGUUUCCAUAGCCGCCAAAGUAGCAUGCACGAUGUCUACGAGAAAGCCAAACUGAGAGGUGUUGCUCUUCAACGAAAACAUUGGGUGCGCGUCUUGUUCGAAGUGAGCGUCUACCUCCUUCUCGUCUUAUUUAUAUAUUUUGUCCUCGUUGGCAUGCCCCUAUGGAAGGGUGCUGUCUGGUGGCUAUACUGGGUCGUCGCCCACAAAUUUACCGUCACAGGAGGAUGGGCAAUUCUCCUCGGUCUCGCUUUCUUAUACGCUUUCUGCCCUCUUCUGAUCUUGUUCGAAAAGGAUCCUCCGCCAGCAACUGAAUACGUUAAUGCAGAUCUGGAAAAGAAUGAUUCCAGCGCCAAAAACACCGCUCUGCUCAUUCCCUGUUAUAAAUCUGCCCAGAUCAUUGGUCCCACCUUGGAGGCCGCCCUGAAGGUCUUUCCUGCUGAGAAUAUCUUCGUCAUUGCCAAUGGAAACUCUCAAACGCCCCUCGACGACACAGAAGAGGUCUGCCGUCCUUUCGGAGUGAACCACCUCUGGGUUCCCGUGGGAUCCAAGAUCGUAGCCCAAUUCGCCGGUUGCUACGCGGCCAAAGGCUUCGAGAACGUCCUCCUCAUCGAUGACGACUGCGCUCUCCCGCCAAAUUUCCCCGUGGUCAGUGAUCGACUUAAGGGCCAGGUCAAGUGUCUUGGAUACACAAUUAAGAGUGUUGGACCAGGCUCAUCUAAGGGAACGUACUGUCAACAAGCACAGGAUCUGGAAUAUAAAAUGUCGGGCAUUCAACGAGCUUUCUUUGGUAUGCUUGGAAGUGCUACGUUCCCUCACGGUGCUAUCUCUCUUUGGAAUACCGAGUUCCUCAAGCAGACAUUCCACGAACACCCUGGAUAUUCGGUCUCCGAGGACUGGUUCUUUGGUGAUGCCUGUCGCCGUCUUGGAGGUCGUGUCACAAUGUGCACAUCUGUCUUCGUCGAGACAGAAACCCCCUCAUCAGUCUUCUUCGCUGGCGGCGGUAGCCGAGGUGGAUUCGGCGAGAUGACCAUUUUCCAACAAAGAUUUAAACGUUGGAACUUCUUCUUCGUUAUUGGAAUGUACUACGAUAUGAAAUACAUCCUCACAAGCUGGAAGCUUGGCUGGUGGGAAAUCGGAGCGAAGCUCUGCGUUUUCCAAGAGGUGUACGAAACUCUUAUCUAUCUUUUCGCUCCUUUCUAUUUCCCUAUUUCAUUCGUCGUGCGUCCCAGUUUCUCCGGUAUUCUCUUGGGCGCCACAAUUGCCAUGUACAUCGUCAACGUGGUGCUGUUCAACGAGAUUCACCUCCGAAAGAAGAAUGAACGCAUCGACUGGAAGGUCCUUAUCUUCUACUAUACGGGUUACAAAAUCGUCUUGACGCUCAUCAACGUGUUCAGUUGCUACUGGUCGCUGUUCAAGUAUGCCCGCUACUUCGCCAAGCGUCACCCGAAGAUCAUCGAGGACCAAGAAGCCAUUGGAGUCGUCUUGAGUCUUGAGAGCGAUGUGGAGAGCCCUACAAUUCCGGAGGAAGGGGAGCAGCUUGUGACCGCGCGCCCGCCUCAAAGAGCGGAUUCGCAACGUGCGUACAAACGUCUCACCCUGACAAGAGUUGACGCUCCGAUCGGGCUGGAUAUCACUACGACACAGACACAUACUACGACUCAGUCGUAUAGAUCUGUGAUCUAG